AAAAAUCUUAUCAUGAACAAUUAAAUGUUGCCACUUGAACAAGAAAAAAUAUGCAGCUGUAAUCUAAUUGAACGAUUAAGCAUUAUCUUUCUACGGCCUGAUUUUAUAAGAUCACUGGCAGUGUGUUUUUCAGUCAAGUCUGCGACCUCGUUUCGACGAAAAUCAAAAAUUUACAAUGACGGUGGUAGAUGUAGAUGAACUCGAAAAAGAACCACAAGAAAAAAGUUUCUCGCCUUUUAAAUGGUUCGGGCUUCGUCAUAUUCAGUUUUUUAUGCACUUUUUGGCAUGUAUGAUCGCGUAUGGAAUACGAACUAAUAUGUCUGUGGGGAUUAUAGCUAUGAUGUCUAAGGAUCCACCAAAUCCAGAUGUACCCACUUACCCAGAAUGGACCGAAAAAGAAACCAUCCUGUCAGCCUUCUUCUGGGGCUACGUCAUCCCUCAAAUCGGCGCCGGCGCCCUCGUCAAAAAAUUCGGUCCCAAGUGGUUCCUCGCCGGUACCAUGUUCCUAAACUCCCUCUUCACGAUCCUGAUCCCAGUGAUGGCCAUCAACGUGGGCGAGGGCGGCGUGAUAGCCUGUCGGGUAAUCCAAGGUUUGAACCAAGGUUUCCUCUACCCUUCGUUGCACACACUUCUGGGAAAAUGGACCCCUUUAGCAGAACGCUCCAAAGUCGCUAGUUUCGUCUACACUGGAGGACCUCUGGGAACCGUCAUUGCCCUACCGGUGACCGGAGCCAUCGCAGACUCUUCAGUGGGGUGGCCAACAGCCUUCUACGUCUACGGCGGAAUGGGGAUCACGUGGACAAUUCUAUGGGCCCUCAUUGGAGCCGACAGUCCCGCCAAACAUGGAAGAGUGUCAGAAAAGGAGAAGCGGUACAUCGAAGGUACCGUCGGGUCGGAAGGAAAGGAACUACCGACACCGUGGCUGAAAAUAUUCAAGUCGUUGCCUUUCAUUGCUAUUUUUGUAACGCACUGUGGCCAGAAUUGGGGAUUUUGGACGCUUUUGACCGAAAUUCCGUCUUAUAUGAGCGGGAUCAUGAAGUACGACAUCAGUGAUAAUAGUUUGCUGUCGGCUCUUCCGUAUCUGGUGCUAUGGUGUCUGAGUUUCGUCUUCAGCCCACUUGCUGACUAUUUGAUUGCUCAUUAUUUGACGAUUACUAGUGUGAGGAAAAUUUUUAACACUCUUGGCUUGAUCGUACCAGCGAUUGCUCUAGUGGCUCUAGCUUUCGUCGAUUCGUCUCAGAAAGAUCUGGCUCUUGGUCUCUUAGUUGUUGCUGUGGGUUCUAACGCAGCUGUGUAUAGUGGUUUUAACGUAAAUCAUAUUGAUUUGUCUCCUAACCAUGCUGGAAUCUUAAUGGGGAUCACCAAUGGUCUGUCCAAUAUUUUCUCAAUUAUAGCACCUCUGGCCAUCAAAGUGAUCCCCUACGAACAGGAUGACCCGCUGUUGUGGAGGUACGUUUUCUGUAUUGCUUCUGGAGUCUAUGUCGUUACAAGUACGUUCUACGCGUUUUUUGCUUCCGGAGAAGUACAACCAUGGAAUGAUGAAGAAACGUCAGAUUCGUCUUCCCAGAAGGAAGCAGACAAUAGCAAAGGACAAAUUAGCGCAACCACCUGAUUGACAUCUUUCAUAGAUGAGUGAUUUUCUAUUUUCUCAAAUAUUUUUGUAAUAUUUGGUGAUUUUGACAAAUUGUCGAAGGUGCCUUAUAUAAAAGAAUCUAUUGAAUAUGGUAGUAUAGCUUCAACAUUACACAUAUAUUUGAAAAAUGUAAAUAACACUUUCUUUAAAAUUUUUAUAUACAAGUAUAAUAGAGUUUAAGACGAUGUUAACUGUCACAUACACAAAUUUUUAAUAGAGGUUUUAAACACCA